CCCAUGUCCACAUCACCCACUUCCACAGACGCGGUCCAUGACGACGAGUAUUAUUUCCAGGAUGACCUAACGGUAUUCAUGGCGCGUUACAUGUUGUUCAAGGUGCAUCGGCACUUCCUCAUACGAGAUUCGGAGUUCUUCCGAGGACUCUUUGCAUGCCCACUACCGCCUGGGGAGGAGGCGGAAGGACAGUCGGAUGCAAAGCCCAUCGUCCUAUACGGCGUGACUGUACAUGAGUUCCGAUGCCUUUUGCGAUUUUAUUACGACAGAACGUACAGACCCGCAAUCGACUCGCUCGACGACUGGAUCGCACUGCUCUCCAUCGCGACGCGCUACGUCUUCGACAACAUCCGUGACCUCGCCCUCGAAGAGAUCGCACAGCGGCUGCACGACCCGCUGCAGAAGAUCCUCCUCGCGAGCAAAUACAACGUGCCACACUGGCUCCCGCUCGCCUACGCGGACCUCGUGAAGCGCCCCGAGCCGCUCUCUGAUAACGAGGCCGAGAUCCUCGGGCUGAGAACGGCCGUCCGCGUCGCGCGCGCCCGGGAAGCCACGCGCGAGCGAAAAUACGUCAC